ACCGUUCAGGCGAGCAAUUCAGGGUGGCUUUGCUCCCUUAGGACUCGGCAUGUAGUGUGAACAACUUGAGCGCGGGCAAACGCAGCCUUAAUCGUCGAAAUCGCGAACCCCUCAAAACAUGGCUUCUCCUUCGGCGCCACUCUCCCCGGCGAAGACAGGCUGGCGAUCUUUCUCAGAUGACACUAUGGAAGUAGAAUCAACUGGAAAUUCGGUCCCAGAAGAAGAUACUCUUGAAGUUGAUGAUGAAAAUGAUGGUUCUCCAUUUGAAGGUGAAAAGUGUGGGAUAUGCAUGGAAAUUAUUAUUGAUAGAGGGGUUCUUGAUUGCUGUGAGCACUGUUUCUGUUUCAUAUGCAUUGACAACUGGGCAACCGUCACAAACUUGUGCCCCCUUUGCCAGAAUGAAUUUCAAUUGAUCACAUGUGUUCCGGUAUACGAUACUAUAGGAAGCAACAAGGUGGAUGAGAACUCAUUUUCGAGAGUUGAUGAUUGGUGCAUUGAAGGGAAGAGUAACACACUCUCUUUUCCAUCAUACUAUAUUGAUGAAAAUGCAGUUAUUUGUUUGGAUGGAGAUGGCUGCAAAAUUCGUACUGGAUCAGCAACAAUUGAGGAAGAUUCAAAUCUUGAUACGUCUAUUGCUUGUGAUUCAUGUGAUAUAUGGUAUCAUGCUUUUUGUGUGGGAUUUGAUCCAGAAGGUGCAUCUGAAAGUACAUGGUUGUGCCCGAGAUGUGCAUCUGAUGAAACAAUACAAAAGUCAGACAUGCCUUCAAUGCAUAAAUGCGAUCAAGCAAACGCUGGCAGUGAGUAUUCAGUCAGGGAUGCUUUUUCUGGAAAGGUGUCUGUAUCUGUUGCUGACGCUGGAGAGACAGCUGUUGUUGUUUCAAUGGUCGAAGAAAAUCAAGAGACUGAGGAACCAAAUGAGAAAUUUUCAAUUCUAGAAAUUGAAGAUGACCUGAAAAUUGGAACAUUUUCAUCAACUUAUGAUGUGAAUAGCCCGAAUUUGGAAAUGUCAUUGAAACAGAUGACUAAUAUCCAGCCAAACUUGGAAGCACAAGAAUUAAAACUGUCCUUAUCGCAAGAUCCAUCCUUUAAUUUACCUCUUACUUCGUCUGUGAAUUCCAAGUUGAAGACAUCUUGUGGUGAUAAAGCUAUGAUUGAACCAAGUGGCUUUGAUCGGUGCAGAAUUUCUCCAAAGAAAUUGCUGGAUGAAUCCCAUGUUAAGGAACUGUCUGAAAGCGAAGUCAAUAUGGACCUUCAGCUUGGUUUAUCUGUGGGCUCUUUUCUCUCUGUUAGCAGCAUGCCCAAUGAUGGAGCUAAAGAUAAAGCGAUUGGAGAUGUGCUACAGCACCAUCGUUCAGAUGAACAAUUAUCAUCAGUUAACAAGAUUGAACCUGACGCUGAUGAGGAUGUUGUUGCAAUUGCUGGUGUAAAAAGAAAGCAUUCAGAUUGCAGUGACAAAAUUCAUACCAGCACUGAGGAUGGAGAAAUUAAAGCUGAUGUUCAGAAUGGAGUUUCAGCAAAGAGAAUUAAAACCAAGAGAGGUGCUCGGAUGAUUUCUUCAAAUGACCUAACGCGUGAACUAGUUUCAGAGGUAUCCCAAAAAUGUCUGUCUGCAAUUUCUGAAGAUGACAAAUCAAAAAAUAUACAAAACGAGAAUGCUUCUUUAGACAUAAUGAGUAUAGUUCAGGGAUCUGAUCAUAGACCCAUCAAGGGACUUAUGCGUCCACAUCCUGCUGAUAAAGUCUCUAAAGAAACAGAGAAUGCAGCUGGCUUAAGGGUUAAAAAGAUAAUGAGGAUAGCUUCUGAGGACAAGGAGUCAUCUGUCAUAGUUCAAAAAUUAAGAAAAGAAAUAAGAGAAGCUGUCCGUAACAAAUCCUCUGCUGACUUAGGGAAGAACCUUCUUGACCCAAAACUUCUUGCUGCAUUCAGGGCUGUCGUAACAGGACCUAGGACUGAACCAGUUAAAAAAUUAUCACCUUCAGUUGUAAAGGUGAAGAAGUUAAUGUUGCAAAAAGGGAGGACACGUGAUAAUUUAACAAAGAAAAUUUAUGGGACAUCUAGUGGAAGGCGAAGGCGUGCAUGGGAUCGGGAUUGUCAAAUAGAAUUCUGGAAACACCGCUGCAUGAGAAUUACUAAGCCUGAAAAAAUAGAGACAUUAAAGUCAGUUCUUGGCCUCCUAACGAAGAGUGCUGACAGUGGGGAUAUAGAACAGAGCCCCAAAUGUGUGGUCACCAACCCAAUUCUGUCCAGAUUGUAUUUAGCAGAUACAUCUGUUUUCCCACGGAAAGAUGACAUUAAGCCUCUAUCCAUUCUUAAAGCUGAUGGCAACCUUGAACAGAAUAAAGAACCUGCAAUAAGGGGAGAGGCUCAUAAAAUAUCUCUUGACAAUUCUACUGUCAAACUAUCAGAGACAAAUAAGGUUUUGCCACAGAUGGGCAUUCCUUCACUUGGUAAGAAGGGGAAUAGCAAUAAUCUUUCCUGUGUAAAGGCUGAAACUGCUUCUGGUAAAGUGCAUCCAAAUGGAUGCCCACAAGGGCCAUCUGUUUCACUUUCAGGUGGUUCUAAAGUUAAUUUACAGAAGGAAAUGGUUCCUAAGUCUGAUGAUAUAAAGAGUGAUAAGAGGAAAUGGGCGAUGGAGGUUCUUGCAAGAAGAACUGCUGUUGCAGGAAAAAGUGAAACACAUGAAAAACAGGACAGUGUGCUGCUUAAAGGAAAUUACCUGUUACUGGCUCAGUUGCCAGUUGAUAUGAGACCUAUAUUGGCACCUAGUCGCCAUAACAAAAUUCCUGUAUCAGUUAGGCAGGCACAGCUUUAUCGCCUGACUGAGCACUUCUUGAAGAAAGCCAAUCUACCAGUCAUUUGCCGAACUGCAGUUACAGAGUUGGCUGUUGCGGAUGCGAUUAAUAUUGAAAAGGUGGUUGCUGAUAGGUCAAAUAGCAAGCUAGUGUAUGUGAAUCUAUGUUCUCAGGAGCUAUUGCAUCAUUCAGAGCACAGCAGAUCUCUUGAAGCCACAGAAGUAAAUCCUUCCCCCAGUUCAGUUGUUUCCACCAGUGGAUCAAAACAAAUAAACACUGAAAGCUCUACUGAUCCUGCAGUUGAGGAAGCAUUAAGAAAUGCAGGCCUUUUAUCUGAUUCCCCCACAGGCAGUCCUCAUCAUGACACAAAAGAACUUGACGAGGACAACAACUCAACAAAGAUCAUAGGGGAAGGACCUAGUAACGUGUUCGAAAUGGAUUCUAACACAGAAUUGGAUAUAUAUGGUGAUUUUGAGUAUGAUUUGGAAGAUGAAGACUAUAUGGGUGCCACUGCUGGAAAGUUUCCUAAGCUGCAACCAGAAGAAGGGGAGUCGAAAAUGAAAGUAGUCUUUUCAACUCAUAAUACCAAUCCAUCAAAUGCAGUUGAUUCUAAGGGUUUUCAGAGCUCUGUUGAAGUGCCAAAGGAAUCUCAUUGUUCACUUGAGCAGCAUGCCAGUACAGGUGUCAGAUGCUCAAGCACAGAGAGUAGGACGGACACAUCAUAUGUUCCACCAGAAUCUUUACAUGGUGAAGGUGAAGAGCCUUCUCUCGCAGAAUGUGAAGAAUUAUAUGGCCCAGAUAGGGAACCACUGGCUGUGAGGUUUCAGGAGAAUGUACCAAGAAACAUGCACGAUCUGGUAGAUGCAGAAGCUUUAACCAAGAGGAUAGCUGCUGAGACUGAGGGCCAUACAGAAAAAGCGGUGGCCUUCACUGGUCAGAACUCUUCUGUGAGACAAAAUUCACCCAAUCCUUCUCAAAAGGCCGAAAAUUUCCCAAGGGAAAAGAAGGAUUCCACCAGUAACAUGGACAAGCUGUCCGAUGGCAGCUCUUCUGUACAUAAGAAGGUGGAAGCCUACAUCAAAGAGCACAUCAGACCACUGUGUAAAAGUGGGAUUAUCACAACCGAACAGUAUAGAUGGGCAGUUGCAAAAACCACAGAUAAAGUGAUGAAAUAUCACUUGAAAGCCAAGAAUGCGAAUUUCCUUGUCAAGGAAGGUGAGAAGGUGAAGAAACUUGCUGAGCAGUAUGUCGAGGCAGCCCAGCAGAAAGAGUAGAAGUAAUAAUCUCUUUGGCUGUACAUUUGUCUGAGCUACUUCGUCUGUUCUGUUAAACAACUGUAGAAUAUUGUAAGUAUGUUCUGUAUCCAGUUCACACCAUACUUAUAAGCCCUGUAGAAAUUAAAAUGUACAAAAAUGUUUAGGCCCAGACUCCACAGCUAAACUAGGUCGGCGUCCUGCUCUAGGUAGAUUUGAACCCAUGGAGAAUGGUUUGAGUUCUAGAAUUUAUGGUCAUUUAACUCAAUGUUUGGUACGCUAGAACGGAAUGCAAUGUAAGUGGAAUGAAAUGAAAAAUUAUACAAUAAAUAUGUAAAAUUAUAUA